AUGACUAUUUUUGCCGGCGGUGGCGGCGAAGAGGAGUGUGCGGCUACCGUCCUCAGAGUCGUAGACACGGGGAUUAAUGGGGCUAGAUGGCGAACUGCGAGCACCUCGAGAAGUUUCGAUACAGUAUACCUGCGGAAACAACCUGUCAGCUUUGGACACCUCGACGAAUUCCUGGAAAUCUACAAGCUGCCCCACUUGGACGAUCUUGUCCACCGGGUUAGAGUCAGCUUUACCCAGGUCCCAAAGAGGUUGUGCGGAAAACGCCACCGAACUGGAGACAAUCGAAAUAUGAGGGACAAUGUUGAGUCGUUGAGCAUCCUCUUUCAUCUUGGGCAAGAGGAGAAUUGCCAGCAUGAAAGUGCUGUACACAUUGACAGUGAUGGUGACAGGAUAACCCUCAGCCUAGCUGUUAGUACCAAUGGCGACACCAGCGUUCUCAAUCAGGGCGUCGAUGCAGUCAAGUUCGAGGGUAGCUCGCUUGGCAAAGGACUUGACGGACUCAUAAUUGGAAAGGUCAAGCUGCCAGACUUCCGCAGAACCAGUCUUUCCCGUGCUUGCUUCUAUCUUGGCCUUGGCCUUUUCGCCAGCGCUGAGAUUGCGGACUGCCAGGAUCACCUUGCCAGCGCCGAGAGAGACAAGAUGCUUCGCCGCUUCAAACCCAAGCCCCGAGUUGGCUCCAGUGACAAUGUAUGA